UUAAUCUAACGGCCCUGAUUGUCUCCUGUGUUGUGUUCAGUGCACAACCACCACCAUAUAUAAAAAUGCAGACUCAGACAUUGACACACACAAAGAAAGAAACGCAGGCUUCAACACAAGAGAAGGGAAGAGAGGAUUAACCUCCUCAUCCUCUAAACUCUGCUUUCUACUCAUCACACAGAAGAAGAAGAAGAACAACAACAACAACAGCAGCAACACAGAGAGAGAGAGAGCGAUUGCGCUAGAGGUGGAGAAGGAAUCAAACGAGAAGAAAACGUUUUCUGUGUUUUGGGCAACACAGAAGAAGAAGAUCUGCGGUUUCUUCUUUUGUUUCCUGUGUGUUUUGCAACGCAGAAGACAUAUACUGAACCUGAAAUUCUAUCAUUGAUAAGGAUUGUGUGGUUGGAAGGGGAGAUAGAUCUUGAAGAAGAGUAAGAUAAUGGAGACGACGGAGGAGAGAGGAAGCAGCAAAGGAGGGGGAUCAUCGGAGCCAACGGAGUUGUUCUUGCAGUGGGGGAACCGCAAAAGGAUCAGAUGCGUCAGAGUCAAAGACCCAAGGAUUUCAACUCGCCUUAACGCCGUUGUUGGUGGAAUCACAAGGAAGCUUGUUCAUAAUCACAAAGAAACUUCUCAUCUUCAACCUAAUCGCCUCACAAGGAAUUCCGACGGUGCGAUUCUACGAUCAUCUGGAGGCGGAGAUAACAGGAAAUCGGAUUCNNUGGCGGCGGUGGCGGCGGAGGAGAACAAUGGGAAAGUUCCGAUCGAUGGAAACAACGGAGAAGAAAGGGCAGUGGUUUGGCCGAAGCUGUUCAUAACUCUCUCGAGCAAAGAGAAAGAAGAAGAUUUUCUGGCCAUGAAGGGUUGCAAGCUUCCUCAGCGACCCAAAAAGAGGGCCAAAAUCAUCCAAAGAAGCUUACUUUUGGUAAGCCCUGGGGCAUGGUUGACUGAUAUGUGCCAAGAGAGAUACGAAGUUAGGGAGAAGAAAAGUAGCAAGAAGAGACCAAGGGGAUUGAAGGCUAUGGGAAGCAUGGAAAGUGAUUCUGAAUGAGGAUUUGAUGAAAUCACAUUUGGUGAGCUGAAGAUGAUGAAGAUAUUUUGAGUUUGAUUAUUCAAGUACUUAAUUAAAUUUGUGUUUCAAAUCCUGAGGGGAGGCAUAUAUUACAUAGUUGUUAUUUUUGUCCUCCCAAAUGUUUUUGUAAACAAGUAAUGAUCCAAUCCCAUUAAUCAAUUAAGAAGAAAUUUCAUCUCUUUAUAA